AUGCCUCUCCGCCCUCAUCACCUUGGCGUCGGUUUCCCAGCACACGCUUACCAAAAACGCCGUGUAGAACCUCACGACCGCUCCACUGGAUAUCAGCCCAAGGUCCGCAUCACAGAUCGCUACCGUAUCGUCGGCUUCAUCAGCUCUGGUACCUAUGGACGCGUCUACAAGGCUGUCGGCCGCAACGGCAAGCCCGUCGGCGAGUUUGCCAUCAAAAAGUUCAAGCCCGAUAAAGAGGGGGAGCAGAUCAGCUACACGGGCAUCUCGCAGAGUGCUAUUCGUGAGAUGAGUCUUUGCAGUGAGCUCAACCAUGGAAAUGUUAUCCGCCUGUGUGAGAUUAUGCUUGAAGACAAGUGCAUUUUUAUGGUCUUUGAGUAUGCCGAACAUGAUCUGCUACAGAUUAUCCAUCACCACACUCAGCAGCCUCGACACCCGAUACCUCCGGCUACAGUCAAGAGCAUCAUGUUCCAGCUCCUCAACGGCUGUCAGUACCUCCACACCAACUGGGUACUCCACCGUGAUCUCAAGCCCGCCAACAUCAUGGUGACCUCGUCCGGCGAGGUAAAGAUUGGCGAUCUUGGACUCGCCCGUCGCUUCGACAAGCCUCUGCACUCCCUCUUCAGCGGUGAUAAGGUGGUCGUGACAAUAUGGUAUCGCGCCCCCGAGCUCAUCCUCGGCUCCUAUCAUUACACACCGGCCAUCGACAUGUGGGCUGUUGGCUGCAUCUUUGCCGAGCUGCUAUCUCUACGGCCUAUCUUCAAGGGUGAGGAAGCCAAGAUGGAUAGCAAGAAGACGGUUCCCUUCCAGCGGAACCAGAUGCAGAAGAUUAUCGAGAUCAUGGGCGUGCCGACAAAGGAUAAAUGGCCACUUCUCCCGACUAUGCCUGAGUAUAAUCAACUCAACACGCUCGCCAACUCGAUGACGUCUCACCAUGGCCAUCACGGUCAUCAUCAUCACCCUCAUCACCAUGGUCACUACGGCUCUCGUAAUCCACCUCCACCUCCCCCUGGCGGUUCAAACCUCGAGAAGUGGUACUACAGCACCAUCUCCCAUGCAGGCCCUCCCGGGUCCAACGCCAACCCCCCGCUCGCCUCUCUGGGUGCGGAGGGCUACAAGUUGCUCGCCGGUCUUCUCGAGUACGAUCCAGCCAAGCGUCUCACAGCCGCGCAGGCCUUGCAGUCGCCAUUCUUUAGCACAGGCGAUCGCGUUAGUGCAAACUGCUUCGAGGGGUUAAAGAACGAAUAUCCGCAUCGACGUGUCAGCCAGGACGACAACGACAUCCGAACUAGUAGUCUACCGGGAACGAAGCGAAGCGGACUGCCAGAUGACUCGCUCGUCCGGCCAGCCAAGCGAUUAAAGGAGUGA